AUGCUUAGCCAGAGCAUGGAGCAUGUGGUCGAGGAAACCAAUUCCUGUGUUGACAGCAAUCUUUUGAGACUUGCUAGCCUGAGAAGCAUGGCUAUCAUCGUUGUUGAGAAGACGGGAAUCGGUGUCCGGAGGAAAAUCGCCGCCGUCGAGGUUGAGAGCGAGCUGGAUCUUGGUCUCGUUGGUGUCACGAGCGAGAGCAGCCCAUCGGUUGAUGAGAUUGGACGGGCUCCUGUAUCGGCGAGUGCCAAAUUGACAGCUUCUGAUACGCCACGUCCUAAAGGACCCCGCCAACUUUUUUCCACAGAGGCAAAGACCGCUGUAAGCUACCCCGCCGUUGUUGGAGACACACCCACUGUAGCCUCUGAAGACGCCCUGGAGGCCCUCAACGCGCUAGGUUAG